GUAAUAGAUUAAAGUGGAGGGAGACCAGGAGAGGAGGGUGCAGACGGCCAUGGCAGGCUAAGCUGCAGUUCUUGGCCAAGGUCUCCUCUUUCCUUCACCAGAAAAGAGAGAGAGAAACGCACACAACUCAAUAUCAUGAUUUGGUAGCUUCCUUUUUAAAACAUAAUUGGAUUCCGUUUCCCCCACCUUGCUUUCUUCCUUUCUUUCACACAGCCUGCCCCUCUUUUCCACUCACUCCUUAUAGCAAACCCCGUCCUUCUUAUUUCUCUCUCUCUCUGUGUGUCUCUCUCGGAUCCCACGAAAAGAUUCCUCCACCCUCUCUUUUAUAAGACUCGUCCUUUAAAAGAGAGAGAAGGAUGAUGCAAGGUGAUCAAGGGGGGCUGAGGAUGGAGAUGGGAAUAGGAGGAGGAGGAGGAGGAGGAGGAGGAGGAGGAGGAGGAGGGGGAGAGUGUUCGUCUUCAUCAGCGGCAGCGGCGGCCGCGGAGGAGGAGCAGCGGCAGCUGCUGAAGGCUGAGAUGGCGGUGCACCCGCUGUGGGAGCAAGUGGUGGGGGCACACGUGGGGUGCCUCCGGGUGGCCACCCCUAUCGACCACCUCCCACUCGUCGACGCCCAGCUCGCCAACUCCCACCACCUCCUCCGGUCCUACGCCGCCCGCCACCGCCCCUUCCUCUCCCCCCAGGACAAGCAUGACCUCGACGCCUUCCUCGCGCAGUAUCUUCUGGUGUUGUGUUCUUUUAGGGAUCAGCUCCAGCAGCACGUCCGACUCCACGCCGUGGAGGCCGUCAUGGCCUGCCACGAGAUCGAGCAAUCGUUACAAGAUCUCACCGGAGUGACUCUUGAAGAAGGAACAGGAGCUACAAUGUCUGAUGAUGAGGAUGAGCUUCAGCAGGGUUGCCCUUUAGAUAUGACAGUUGAUCAUGAGCAUGAUAUGAUGGGAUUUGGCCCACUUCUUCCAACUGAAUCUGAGCGGUCCCUAAUGGACAGAGUGAGACAAGAAUUGAAGAUUCAAUUAAAACAGGGUUUUAGAUCAAGAAUCGAAGAUGUAAGAGAGGAGAUACUAAGAAAAAGAAGGGCGGGGAAAUUGCCUGGGGACACGACUUCAGUAUUGAAGCAAUGGUGGCAGCAACAUUCUAAAUGGCCAUACCCAACAGAAGAUGACAAAGCAAAACUUGUCGAGGAGACUGGCUUGCAGUUAAAACAAAUUAACAAUUGGUUCAUCAACCAAAGAAAGCGUAAUUGGCACAGUAACUCACAGUCAGCGACAACUUUGAAAUCUAAGCGCAGAAGGUAAAAGGCUGCAAGUCUACUUUAACAAACUAAUUCAGGAAGGAGCAAAAUAAGAGGCAAGAGUAACUUCAUUGUAGUUUUCUUAGCCGGCUACAGCAAUGCAUUUUAUGUACUGACUACUUGUAUACGAGAUGAAUUGAAUUGUUUCAUAAUUUGGUUUAUAUGUCUUUAAAGUUUUUACUCUGAUUGUGUUUCCUAUACCUAAAUUUCAACCAUGUUAUGAGAUAUGCAAAUAAGGUAUGGUUUGUUAAUUGAUGUUCAGUGAUUUGCUGC